AUGAGGUGUACGUAUACCCUUGGGGCAAUCCGUAUAAUCCGAGGCCCACCGGCUGGACGGCGGGACCCCAGGCACAUUGUCCAGCACCACGGAGCCCCGCCGGACUCCAUCCUUUUUUCAGUACCAGAACGAGAUCACGACCCACACCAUCGCAGACAGCUGCGACCUCCCAUCCCGGCGAACCUGGCCUCAGAAGCGCUGGGGAAGGCACAGGGGGCAAGCACGAAGGAGGUCACAGGAGCAGGCACAGAGGAGGCCACAGAAGCAGGCACUGAAGAGGGCACAGCAGCAGACACUGAAGAGGGCACAGCAGCAGGCACUGAAGAGGGCACAGCAGCAGGCACUGAAGAGGGCACAGCAGCAGGCACGGAAGAGGGCUCAGAAGCAGGCACGGAAGAGGGCCCAGAAGCAGGCAUGGAAGAGGGCCCAGAAGCAGGCAUGGAAGAGGGCCCAGAAGCAGGCACGGAAGAGGGCCCAGAAGCAGGCACGGAAGAGGGCCCAGAAGCAGGCAUGGAAGAGGGCCCAGAAGCAGACAUGGAGGAGGGCACAAGAGCAGGCACAGAGGUACCCCCCACCAGCUGCCACCCGAGACAUGGCCACACGCCAUGCUUGGAGACAGGCCGCUGGUCAUCUGAAUUAUCACACCCUUCAUCAGGCACCACAGCAGAAAACUCUGGCAGACGUGCCAUCCCACGCAUAGCACGAUCCCUUAGUACCACAGCUUCAACAAUCGGGGGCACCGGACCACACACGACAGGAGACCGUACCUCAGGGACAUCUACAGGGACAUUCACGGUAAAUACCUCACCCGGAGACGGGGCAAGCAAGGGUGCCAGAGGCGGGGAAGCCGGUGGCGGGGACGGGCCUGUACCGGCCCCACACCACGACCCCCACAUUCCCAACCAAGGGGCUGGCAGAAUAAGGCACCAGCACCGAGUCACCAGACGGCCAUGA